ACGCGGGCUGGUUAUGAACCUCAUAUACAAGGAUUAUUAAAACUUUAUAAAGACUAUUUUCCAAAUUUAGUGACAAUUGAUAUUCAACCAUCAAGAAGUAUCACAUUUAAGUGUCCCGACAUAGCAUGGCAUCAGUUAAUAAAUCAAGUUCAGAGAAGAUGGAACAAUGACAAGUCCUUAUCACAUGUGUCUUUGACAAGACAAAUGAUUCCAAAAAUGGUGGAGAAACGAAGAAAAAUAGAACAUAACGAUAUACCGACCACCCGUACAUAUAAUGUCACUCAAAAAUCGAUCACUCUUGAUGAAAUAUCAGAUAUCAGGCAGCUUGCAAAUAAUAUUGAUAAAGUCGAGCUACCAAAUCAAUUAGCUUCUGUUUUGGACCACCAUCUGCUUCAACAUGUCAUAGUGUCAAAUCCAGAAAGGGUUGCCAUUGCAAGGAUAAGCUAUUGGAUCGAUCAAUAUCUCAUGGAAACAGUUUAUUGGAAUGAUCAAAAUGCGACUAAGAAAAUGAGAAUUGACUGCUUAUUGAAUAAAAUAGUUACCAUGACAGAGUUCAUGAAGGAGUUACUUCCCGUUAUUCAAGAGUUCUUAAUGAAAUAUAUCCAAUCUUGGGAUGGCGGAGAAUAUCAUGAACUGGUUUUCAGGCUUUUGACAUUCUUAAGACCUGGACCUUAUAACCAACUUUAUGAAAAAAUAUUGAAACCAUUGCAAUUUUUAUACAAUAAUUCAUCGGCUAGUUGGAAGUCCAAAUUGAUUCAUUGUUAUGCUGGUUUGCUAAAAUAUUGGACUUUACUUUACGAGGGGUACUAUGAAAGGAUAGAACAAGGAAAUCAUGAUAAUGAAGAUUUAGAAAAUUCAAUUGGAAGCUUGUCCAUCGACAGAGAUUAUUCUCAAACCAUACGCAAUUUUAUUGAUUAUGUUGACCGAACUAUCCUUAUGCCUGAAGACGAAGACCAAGUAGAAGUACAACACGCUAUUCUAUCUUUUAUAGAAAUGUCGACACUUCUGCAACUUAAAUAUGAAUGCCGUGGAAUUAUCUUUCCUUCGUAUUCAGUUAUCCAUCGCUCUUUUUUUUCGACUUAUGGAAUGCCUCUGUCACGAAUUUGUGGCAUUAUCUUACGGUAUAAAGAUGAAUUCGAUAAAUGUGAACGGGAGACAUCCAUAGGUGGUGAUGCAUUGCGUUACAACAUCAACCAAAUCAAUGAUUUCAAUUCUUUUGUGAUGGAUAUAUACAAUGGGAUUUGGAAAAAUAGACCCUUCACUAAAUUUGAUAAUGCAAAAGGUUUUCAACUGGAUGAUGAUGUCAUCUUCCAAAUUCAAAAAUUUUGUGGUGAAUCAUAUCCAAAAUGUCUAUCACUAACUCGUCUUCCAUUAGCAUUGCUUGCUGCAAAUAUUAAUUACAACUUUUUUAGGAUGUAA